AUGGAUUUCAGGCUAAACGACUUCCUCCAAAUGAAUCCAGGCUUCAGAUUUGAACCAACCGACCAAGAAAUUAUGGUACAUUACCUACAGCCCAAAAUUCAAUCCCUCCCUCUGCCUUAUCCGAUUCCUGAAGCGGAUGUUUGUGGGUCUGAUCCAUGGAACUUACCAGGUGAUUCUCAGGAAGAAAGGUACUUUUUAUGCCCCGUGGAAACCAAACACCCUAAUGGUACACGAACCAAUCGAACCACUCCAUCGGGUCGCUGGAAACCAACAAAUGCUAGCAAGCAAGUUGUUGAUUCUGAAAACAAACAUCUUGGAACAAAGAAAACUUUUGUUUUCUACAUGUCCAAGCCCGGGUCUAAAACUGAUUGGUUCAUGCAUGAGUACAAAAUUGCUAACCCUAUUCAAGGUGUGCAGAACUGGAUGAUCUGUAGGGUGUUUUUGAAGAACAAAGUUCGAAACACAGGGGCGGUUUUUUAUGUUCCAAGAGACUUUGAUCUGAAUUUGGAUGGCGGUGAUUCAUCAAGCACCGGCUUCAGUGGAGUCACAGUAGCAGAUGAUGAAGAUGAAAUAAACAGUAAAUAG